AUGUCGUUAUCUGAGCCGGACAACAUAGAGAUGCUCCUUGACAAAAUUGUAGACCUGUGCACAGACACAAGGCGAAGAUACCAAGUAUACAAAGCGAAUAAAACAGAUGUCCGUUUUACACGAAACCCGAACGAGACACUGGACGCCCAGCUUAUAGAAGCACAAAAAAAGUACACUGCAUUGGAGAAAAACAUUAACAAUUUCCAACUUUCAAAAGAGUCUUUAAAAAUGCUCUCCACGCUAUUAAAAAAUGUGCAAACCAAACUUGACAAAGAAAUUGGGCAAAACGCAACUGUAGAAGAAGAGAACAAUUUACUACUCAAAUCAAUUUUACAACUGGAGGAAGAGAAAUUCCGUCUGAGGAAAAACGAGAUCCAGAGCUUGAUGCACAUAAGCGAGCCAAAGACCACCAAAUACAACGCGACGGAACAGGAAGUAUCAGAGAUAGAACAGUGGACGGGUCUUGCUAUGGGGGAUAUCGUCUUCGACUCCGACACAAAUCGGUGGGAUAAGUUCAACUGUGACUUGUACAAUCUCACGCGCAAUAGAAACCGGUUGUGUUUCUUAGUCGAAGACACUCAAAACAACAAAUUUGGAGCGAUGUGUUAUUGUCAGAUUGGUACUGAGAGUCAGUGGGCUGUAGAUAGAGAAUGCUUUGCGUUCACACUCACUCACAACGGAAGCGAACAAAGACAGAUGUAUCGGGUUACACUGCAAUACCAGAAUUAUGGAGUUGUGUGUUAUGCAGACAACAAUGCUGUGCUAUUCUCUGUAUGCGGCGGUGCGUUUUGGAUUGGGAAGAAAAACGCGGCUGUGAGGGGUGAGUGCAACAACGGAAGAUUAAUGGGCGCCCCAGAUUUUGUGUUUACCGGGUUGAAAAAUUUCACGCCAAAAAAGGUGCUAAUAGUGCAGAUGGUGUAA